AUGUUCGUUGGCGACUCAUUCGUCAACAACCUCGAGAUCUCCAUGCGCUGCCUGCUGGAGACAAAAGCGGUUACUAAGGACUUUAGGGGCCAGUUUGGACGCACGGGGGUUCAGACCCGCGGCUUCAUCAUCCCGCAGUUCAACAUCUCCUUCCUUCGCAUGCCCUCCAACUUUCUAGUCCGGUCCAGCCCUGUGGGCGUGGCGUCCAGUGCAGGUGCGUGGAGGGUGCAUCUGGACAGGCCUGAUCCGAGCUGGUUCAAGCUGCUGCCUCACACCCACUACGUUAUCUUCAGUGCUGGUCACUGGUUUAUAAACGCACCUUCGAAUCUCCGCGUCUACUACCGCAAAAACCAGCAACUCCCCCCGUUCCCCCGCCCCUACGCUCCCCUCUACGACGCACACUUAACCAUCCGAAAGUUCUUAGUUAGCAGCCGGUACUCAGGACUCCCCAUGGUGAUGACCUUCUCGGCUUAUCACUAUAACAACGCGUUCUCUAGCGGGGAUGCAGCCAAGAGCUGUAUGGACAUGAGCGGGCAGGUGAUGAACGGCACGAGGAUGCUGUGGGCAGAGAGGAAUACGGAGACGCUGCAAGCCCGGGACGCACAAGUGAAG